AUGUUGGUUGAUGGGUGGGGGGGUGGUGGGGGGGGUUUGGGAGGGGGGGGGGAUGUUGGGGGGGGGAUGGGGGUGGGGGGGUUUGUGUGGGGGGUGAGUUUUGUGUGUUGUAUGGUGGGGGGGUGUGGUUGUGUUGUGUUGGUGUUGUGGUGUGUUUUGGGGGGGUGGGGGGGUGGGUGGGGUGGUGGUAGGGUUGGUGGGUGGGGUGGGUUGGGUUUUUGGGUGGGGGGUUGA